CAGGCGCGCGGAGAUGGCGGCGCAGCAGGAAGCGGGCGGGCGGCGCCAUGUCGGGCCCCGCUGCGGAGGUUUAAAAAGUACUAAUUCUCCUUGGGUAAAUGAACAAGAAAUUUAAGAUGAAGUUACAAAAUAGCGGAAGAAAGCUGUAAAGCCAAGAAUGAACAUGAAAGGUUUAAAAAUGUCUGAUCUGAAAGAUAUUGUACACAGAAUCCAUUGUAUUGAAACACUGCUGUCUGAGAACAAUUUGCAAGAUAUUGAGGAUCAUCUUAAAGAACUUGCAGAUGUUGAUAUGACUGUAGAAUAUCUUCAGGGGACAGAAGUUACCAAGGCUGUAUAUAGAAUACUCAAGAGCUGCCCUUCAGGAGAGCUGAAAAAGAAAGCAAAGCAGUUAUUGUCCAGGUGGAAAACACUUUACAAGAAUAACUGUGCUCAGUCAAUGCAAGUUAAAAAGUCAGUUUCUGUGUAUGUGAAAGAAGAAAUUGAGCAUCUCAGUGUAGUUCCUAGAGAGCAGUUGCUGUCUGAAGGACCAUGUCAGCAGGAGGCAUUAGAUGGUACUAGUUCCAACACUUUGGUCCCAUCACAAACUGUUAAAAAUUUGGUACAUAACAAUGCAGAAGGCAGUAUUAAUCAGCAUUCUUCUUUUGAGGAACAACACACUGUUCAUGAAGAUUCUAAAUCUGUUCUUAGUGAAGCCAGUCUGCAGCAGGAUCUGAUGAGAGCUCUGAGGUGUAAAUGUGUGGAUCUUCUUUACAAAGCUUUGAUUGGUUCUGCCAAAGAUGAAGAAGAAACUGUUAAAUGGCUAGAGUUAGCUAAAGAAAUUGAAGAACAUAUUUUUGCUCUUCAUGCUAAAAAUGAUAAAAAGUAUAAAAAUUGCAUCAGAAGUAAAAUCUCUAACCUUAAGAACCCUAAAAGUUGCCACUUAAAGCAUAACCUUUUUUCAGGAACUUUGAGCCCGAAGGCUUUUGCUGAGAUGACAGUGAUGGAAAUGGCCAGUGAUGAACUGAAACAGCUCAGGGCUCUGUACACAAAAUCAUCUGUUCAGGAACAUCAGCUUCCACAAGUGAUUAAUGGCACACAGACAAACAAAAUAAAGUGCAGACGCUGUGAAAAAUUUGAUUGCACUGUCACUAUGAUUGCCAGAGGAACUCUCUUCCUUCCAGCUUGGGUGCGAAACACAAAUCCAGAUGAACAAAUGUUGACGUACGUUAUUUGUAAUGGAUGUGGAGAACAGUGGUACCACAGCAGAUGGAUUUGUUUGUAAUGCUGUCCCUCUGUAAUAAAGGGCUUGGAAACGUGUAUGACAACUUACCUCUGUUGAAACUCUGUCAUUUUAAAUUCUGUGCUGAUACUGUGUGGGUGCUGGCACUAAAAACUGCAAAAUCAGUUUUAAAAACCUGCUAAUGUAUUUUUAAAGAUGGCUUGGAUGGAUUGCACAUGUUUUUAAGUAAUGUAAAUAUGUAAAGAAAUAAAGGGUAAAAGGCAAAAAAUGGUUACACUGUAUCUGAGUGGCAUGUUUGCUAUUAAAUCCAUUAAAAUUA